AUGGAUGAAGUACCUGAUACAGCCCAGCACUUUAUUGAGUGUGACACAGAAUCCUGUAGGAACUUCUCCGAGUUUUAUUGUAAUAAAUGUCAUCAACCAUUAUGUGACCAUUGCAGAGAGGCACAUUUGAAGGGAAAAAAACAACAUGAGAUUGUCCUCUAUCAAGAGAGAAAAAGAAAACUUCCUUCAGAGAAAUGCAGGAUCCAUCCCACCAAUGACAUAGAUAUCUACUGUACGUUUUGCCAGGAUCCUCUUUGUUCUACAUGCUUUGCUCAAGAUCACAGUGGUCAUGCAGUCACUGACCUUGAAACCAUCUACAAUGACAUUCUACAGCAAUGUCAGAAAAAAAUAAGCAAGAUCUGGAAUACUGUCAUUCCUGGGGCUAAAAAUGAUGUUGAAUCAAUGAGAAAAAAUGCCGUGAAAAAAAUUACCAAAUUAAGAUUCUUCAUGAAGAAGAGAGCAGAUGAACUAAAGAAGGUUGUUGACAGUUUAUUAAGUGAUAAUAAUAAAAAACUUGAUGUGAUCGAGAACUCUGUACUAAAUGAUAUUAAUGAACAUCAGAAGAAAACAGAGGACUAUAUGAAAAUCCUGGAAAAAAUAACUACAGACUAUAAGAGUAAAUUGUCCUCAGUAAAACAUACUGAACUUAUGAAAUUCCAUUUAGACAUAUCAUUAGCCACCCUGAAGAUACCUAAAAAAGCUGAACCCAAACUGCCAAUUCUAAAACUAGAUUGCAGUGAAAACAUUGUAUACAGAGUAAAUAGUGAAAAGUCCAUCGACAGACUUAUUCAGACAGGGAACUGGAAGCUUGGAGCUAUCUACUCCUCUCCUAUCAAUGGACAUAUACCUAAUCUUUAA